AGCCGGGCCACAGAUAAGCGAGCGUCAGGGUCGAGGAGUGAUCAGUCACCCUCUGGCCGUCCCCGUGUCGGUGUGUUGUCGCUCCUCCCGCGGACCUUACACGUGGUGGUGGUGUGACUGUAGCCCCGACUCGACCUCUCUGCACCUCAGCCCGAGCCCCGAGCAUCAGCAGGUCUGGUGUCCUGGCAUCUGUUUCCGCCACUCACUGACUCACGACGCUUUGCUUACCGGUGUUGCGGUGUUGAAGAGCAAGUUAACUCUCGUCAUGGCUAGCGUGCAAGUGCUUACCUCCUGCCUGGGCCUCCUGCUCCUCUGCUCAGACACCAUGGGGGUUACCUGGAAUUGGGAGCAGUGGUGGACCUACGACGGCAUCUCAGGCCCGGACUUCUGGGGACUCAUCAACCCGGACUGGAGCCUCUGUAGCAAGGGUCGCCGACAGUCCCCGAUAGACGUGGACCCCGCCCGCCUCCUCUACGACCCAAACCUCCGACUUCUCCACAUCGACAAGCAUAAGGUGUCAGGCUACAUGGAGAACACAGGACACAGCGUGGUGCUCACCCUGGACGGCGGCAAGACCCCAGUGAACGUGACCGGCGGCCCGCUCUCCUAUCGCUACCAGCUGACGGAGGCCCACCUGCGCUACGGCAUCGUGGACCUCCUCGGCUCGGAACACACGAUCAACGGCAGGGCUUUCCCGGCGGAGCUCCAGCUCUUCGGCUUCAACUCGCAGCUCUACGCCAACUUCUCGCAAGCGCUGGACAAGGCUUACGGCAUCGUCGGCAUCUCUGUCCUCCUUCAGAUUGGCGAAAGAUCCAACCCAGCGCUAAGUCAGCUGACGGCGGGCGUGGACAAGAUCAAAUAUGUUGGUAACAGGUACAGCGUGAGACACCUGAGCGUGCACGACCUCCUCCCCAGCACGACCUACUACAUGACCUACGAGGGAUCCACGACCAUGCCCGCCUGCCACGAGACGGUCACCUGGGUCAUCUCCAACAAGCCCAUCUACAUCACUAAACAGCAGCUGUAUGCCCUCCGUCAGCUGCACCAGGGGAAGGACGACAAGCAGGCCGGUGCACCUCUGGCUAACAACUUCCGGCCGCCUCAGAAGCUCCACCACCGCCCUGUGCGCACAAACAUCGACUUCACUAAUGCGGGAGGAAACUGCCCCACCAUGCACCGCGAGGCGUACUACAAAGCUCACAACUUUACUGUCGAACACCGGACCCACAUGACCAGCCAACACCUGGACGCAGAGUUAGCUCGUUUCCUCUGCUCGCGAAGUGAGGACCAUUAAACACUCAGCCCCCCACGCAGCAGCCCCACCAGCCCCCUAAGCCCCCGCUGCACGCCCAACACCCGCCACCACUGCAGCGUCCUGGCACCACUACCGCCGCUGCCGCCACUUCUGGGCCGAUGUCGAGUGCCACGCCUCCGCCUCCAGGUCUCGCAAAGUGUCUCGGUGUCUACGGUGAUUAUUACGUGACUUCGAGGUUCACUGCAAUACUUCAAGAGGCUGAGACGCUGAGUUCCAGUGCGCGAAGAAAAUGGAAGACUGUGAGAAGAGAAGAGAAGAAUUACAACGAGGAAAGUCGUGAAGUAAGACUGGAAAUGCGGGAACGGACGACUGUGAUGUGUGGUGCAGCAGCGGUGCCGAGCGGCAACGUGAGCACAGAGGCAGUGGUAUGCUAACAAUGGUAUGCUAACAAUGGUAUACUGGUGCCGUGAGCCGUUGAGCCGCGGGGCUUUGGAUGGCGUGUCGGCACGCUGUGUGAAGCUGACGUAAUGGUGCGCUGGUGCUGUGAGCUCAAGAGGCCUCUCGAGACCUACUAGAAUCUUUCCUUUCCGUGCGCUGCCUGCCUCCUCUUCGCUGCACUUUAAGAAUCGGUUUUCUCGCCGCAAUUCGACUCCCUCUCCGCGCUUCGCUUGUGUCUUCUGGCGGCGGCAUCCCUGAGGCUGUCCGGCGACCCUGGGGAGUGACUGUCUCGCAGGGACGGGGCGGCACGCGAGGAAGAGAAAAUCUGAAGACAUCACUGUGCCGCUCCUGUCUGCUCGAACAGAUGCCGGUGUCUGUUGUCGCCUCUGCACGUGACCGUCGCAGGGCGGGGCUCACACCCACGCCCGUACUAGUGACGCAACCCCCGCUGUUACGUCACUUCAGGAUGAUUGACGUCACUGGUGCAGGAUUACCAGCUGAAGCGGCGCCCGGCAGAGUAAAGGGAACCGACAAAAAAGCCUAACUGGAUAUUCAUUACAUAUUAGUGACUUACUUCAUAUGAAAGCAGGAAAAACAACUCCGCUGAAAAUGCGUAAACAGGAGAGUGAAAGUAUGUAUAUAUGCUGUACAUUUAAGUGUAAAAAGUGAAAAUAUAUGACUUUUAUAAACUGGCGAUGUUGGUGUUUACGCGAGACUCGGCGACGAAACGACGAGGAUGAAAAAAAGGACGAACGUGUGUGUGUUUUCGUUUCGUAAAUUGCUGUUGACUGAGUCGGGUCGUUUGAAUGGAUGUAUUUACGUUAAUUACUUGAUGUGUACGACGUUAUUUUUUAGCUCAGCUGCACUUACAUGUGUGUGUGUGUGUGUGUGUGUGUGUGUGUGUGUGUGUGUGUGUGUGUGUGUGUGUGUGUGUGUGUGUGUGUGUGUGUGUGUGUGUGUGUGUGUUGCAGGGCUGGUUCCCGCUACACUCUUAACACAUACACACACGCGCACAUACGCACACACACACACCACACAAUAGAGUCCUAAUUAGGGUGUAGCCGAGUGUGUCGUGGGUGUGGGUGAGUGUGUGCGGAGAUCCACGGACGCCCACGGAGACAACAACAACAACAACAACAACAACAAAGCAAUACUGACAAUAAAUAAAAUAAGUAAACCAGCAAGAAUUUAGUAGCCUUGGAUUCACUAUAAUAGACAGAAUACACACACUGCAAAAAUAAUCAAAUGUAAAUAUCAAAGAAAAGUACUGCUGCUUAUAAAAUAAAUAACAAUACGCGAAAAUAGUUGCUUCUUUAGAAAUGCAGAAAUGAAAAGUCACACACACAGACAAAUUAAAAUGCGCGCUGGACAAACAUAUUUCACGAACACGUACGUUACAAAAAUUUUAAAAAGUUUUCAACAUUAAAAUGAAAGACUCAAAAGACCUGCAGAUGUCACAAAAAUCAGAACAAACGAAACAUAUUCUUUAAAUCUCUCCAGCGCAUUAAUCGAGAUGCAACAGUUUUUUAGAAGAUCAACGUUGGUUUUUCGCGAUAUCACGUCCAUCAAAACAAACAAAACAUAUUCUUUAAAUCUCUGCAAAGCAAUAAUCCAACUGCAACUAUUUUCAAGAAGAUCAACGUUGCAUUUUCACGAAACUCUCAAUCUCCGAAGUACUGAAAGAAAUAUAGAUGUCACGCCCGUCAAAACAAAACAUAUUCUUUAGACCUCUGUAGAGCAAUAAUCGAGCUGCAACUAUUUUCAAGCAGAUUAACAUUGUAUUUUCACGAAGCUCUCAAUUUUAACAAUACUCAAAAAAAGUGCAGAUAUUUCGACCGUCAAAACAAACAAAACAUUUUCUCUAGACCUCUGCGGAGCAAUAAUCGAGUUUUAACUAUUUUCAAGAAGACAAACAUUGCAUUUUCUUAAUAUUCUUCUUCUUGGCAGUACUCAAAGAAAUGCAGAUGUCACGCCUAUCAAACACAAGCAAAACAUGUACUUUAGACCUCUGGAGAGCAAUAACUGAACUGCAACUAUUUUCAAGAAGAUCAACAAUGUAUUUUCACGAUAUUCCUCUCCUAAGCAAUACCUAUAUACACAUAACACGCAUCAACAGACCAGAUCGCUUACACAAAAUAUUCGCCACAUAAGCUUCCUCGCAUUUUCACGAUUUUCUUCCCCCUUGGCAGUCCUUAUACACACUUAACACACAUCAACAGACCAGAUCGCGUAUCAGAACAUUCUUCAGGUCCAUUUCCUUGCAUUUUCAUUGUAUAAAUCUUAUCAGCAGUCUGUACACUUAACACACAUCAACGGACCAGAUCGCGUACCAAAACAUUCUUCACGUAUAAAUUUCCUCGCAUUUCUCUUGUUGUCUAAAAGGUUGUAAAGGUUGUCCUCACCGGCGUCCAAGAGUCUUGCCACACGACGCCCCGCCAAGCCACGCACACCAAGACAAUUCGUCCACUAAUGUAAUAAUUCAUAUCUGUGUUUUGAGCGACCGCGAGAGAGAGAGAGAGAGAGAGAGAGAGAGAGAGAGAGAGAGAGAGAGAGAGAGAGAGAGAGACAGCACACCAUUCACUGCUAAAGCCUUAAUUAGGUAACCAGAUGCCACUGUUCCAUUUAAGAUCCAACACAUAUCCACAACGGUAUUCUUUUUAUUUUACUCCUCUCCUCCUCCUCCUCCUCCUCCUCCUCCUCCUCGACCUCCUUAUCUUUCCACACACCAAACACAUUAUUACACACCUCCCCAAAUCAUAAGCCUCCCUUCCUCUCUCCUCUUCUCCUUCCCGAGUGUCCAUGCAGGCCUCUCUCUUUACUCUUUCCUCCCCUUCCCAGCCUCCUCUUGUCCCCUUUCCCCUUCACCCCCAUCCAACACUCUCCCCUCUUUUAAGAAUCGCCUUUCCCCUUCCUUUCUGUCAAUCUCCGUUUUCAUUGUUCCCUUUCUUGUUUCUCCUUCUCUCGAUUCUUUACCUUUUCCUUUCCUUCCUUCUUUCCUCUCUAUCCUUCGUUUCCCAUUUCUUCUGUCUCUUUGUUCCUUUCCUCUCAUCGCUUUCCUUGUCCCCCCUUAUCUCCCCUCCCCUCCCACUCCAUUACAACAAACCCACAGAGAAUCACAGGAUAUUCGUGCAAAAAAGGCUGCCAACCAUUAAAACCAAAAGCACAAUGAUAGGUGUAUUGUAUGUAGUUGUAUUCGUUGUUGUUGUUUUUUUAUAUAAUUUUCCGUUUUCCAUAUUCAUUGUUUCCGCCGAAGAGUAACCAUUUUGUACAGAACACACUAACCAUUACGAGUAACCACAGCCGCUAC